AUGGCGUCUAGAUGGGGAUCUUUUCUGCAGCAAGCAGUCGCUGGCGUUGAGGCUCGACUCGACACGAUACUCGCCGAAGGGGAUUCAGCAUCGAACUCCCCUCGCGCAUCCGCAAGUGACCCAUCAUCUGUCGAAAAUCGGUCGAGACCUUCUACUGACACCAAUAACUCGGCGCAUUCCAGCACGAGACUCCAAGAACGCCUCAACAAGGCUGUGGCAACGAAGCCGACCUCUUCGAAGAACAUCACCCCAGUCGCUUCUGCAACAGUCCCGCCUCAACCCAACAGAAAAUCUAAUCAUCCUGAAAUUCAGCCGACGCCCAUCGAGAAGAGUAGCGCCUGUGAGGCCAACUUGGAAGACAACGACCAGGACGAGUUAGAGAAUGCGCCCUCUGCGCAUUCGAUGAGCACUGUGCGGUCUGCUUCUGACAGGCCAGCCGUCUUGACCUUGGUCGAAGCCGGGCCCGACACUGCACCAGAUCACCAAAUUGGUGACCCUCAAAGCACGUCCCAUUCAUGCUCUUCCUGCCGUGAACUUCGUGAUAGGAUCGCGUUCCUUGAAGCCAGGGCAGUCCAGCUUGAAUCUCAAAAUCGUGAAGAGCAGUAUGAGCAAGUAGAGAGAGCCGAUGCUCUUGAAUCCAAACUGAAAUAUCUAGCUGGUGAAAUGACAGAAUCGGCGCGAAAGUCUGCCGCUGCGGCUCCUGCAGGAAGCGUCGAGCAGUUACUAUCUGAAAGGGAUGAGAAAAUCGGCUUGCUCAUGACAGAAGGCCAGUCUUUAGCCGCCACGGAAAGAAAGCACCGCUCAAUAAUAAAAAAGCUGCGAGCACAACUUGCGGAAAGUGACAGGGUGGUUUCCAGCUUGAAGGCAGAUAACGAAAAGUUGGUGUCGGAACUGGACUUACUGACAAAGUCCGAGGUUCGAAAUGAUGAGCUCCAAGCGGAGCUUGAGAUACUGAGUCUGAAGUACGACGACUCACGGAAGGAACUGGCUCGUCUUCGAGUGGACUCCGCCGACAAGGAUGAAACAAUCAGUCGAUUAAAGGCGGAGAUCGGGAAGACGGCGAUGUCCCUGGGCCCUCCCAACUCAAAUCCCGACAGUCAGGCUUCCGAAGAAGCGCAGCUACGUAUUCGGGAGCUAGAGGGUGCCCUGGCAGCACUAGAGGCCGAGAAAGCCCGUACCAUCAGCAACGCCCACAAGGAAGCUGAUGAUUUUCGGCGCAAGGCCGAAGCGGCCCAGGAGCAGUGCCUCCAAGCAAACAUCGAAGUGCGAAACCUGGAAGAUAAAUUGGAGGCGAUGCGGAUAGUCGUCGAAGAAACAUCAAAUAUCACGGGGGGUUCACAAGCCAAGCUACUUCGCCAAAUUGAGACCCUUCAAUCACAGCAUGCCGUCGCUAGCGAAAACUGGCAGGGGAUCGAAGCAAGCCUACUCUCCCGAGUCGCAGCCCUGGAGGAGGAACGGAAUGAAAUAAGUCGCAGGGAAACAGAAUUGAGGAAGAAGGCAAAGGAUCUGUCGUCGCGGUGCCGACAGCAAUCCGAUGAGCUGCAGCAAGCUGGCUCCCAGAUUGCGAGUUACCGAGAUGAGGUGGAAGUAGUCAAGAAGCAACUUGCACACCUACAGAAACAAGUAGAACUGGUGGACACCAGUGGUAACCAAACAAGUAGACUGACGAGUGAAGAACAACCGGAGCCAAGUGACAGCGGAUGUGAGAAUAUUGGUCGUGAUGCUCACGCCUCUACUCUUAUUCCAAGCGCCGAGGCCGUCUAUUGUCUCUCCCCAAAAACUAUCCCCCAGCGCACACUAAGCUUUGUCCGUUCCCACUCGGACGGUAUCAGUCGAGCACUACCGACGAUUUCAGCAUCAAACGGCCCGGAUUUUGAGAGCUUGCGACCUAGUUUCAAUCUCUCUGCGGCUCUGUCACACGGAACUGCAGGAUCCCCGGCUACCCCUACAUCGCCUAGUAUAUAUACACAGCAACAGGGAGUACCAUCGAACACAACUGCGGGGAUCAUCAACACCGAUGAUAGUCAUGGAGUAUUUGAAGAGGCGGUCGAUGCUAUCUCCUCCCCACGACGCGGAACACAAGACAUGUUAUCUGUCUCGACAAUGGCGGCGGGUCCAUCGAUACAACUGGUAGAGAGAAUGAGUGCUGGCAUCCGGCGAUUGGAAACCGAAAAAGUUACAACUCGGGAGGAAUUGCUACGCAUAUCUAACCAACGGGACGAUGCCCGUGCCCAGAUUGUGUCUCUGAUGAAGGAGAUAGAAACUUAUAAGCAGUCCAGUGCGCGUGCACAAGAGCUUGAGAAGGAGGUGGCGGAAAUCAACGAGCGGUACUUGACAACACUUGAAUUGCUUGGUGAGAAGAGCGAGUUGGUGGAGGAAUUGCGCGCGGAUAUCCAGGACGUGAAAGCUAUGUACCGCGAGUUGGUGGAGCGCACAGUCCGGUAG